UGCAGAACAGAGCUCAGAGCCCCCCCUUCGCGUAAAGCUCGGCUCAUAAGGAGGCAGCCCAUUCACGGCUCAAGUGCGAACGCACUUUUUUAAAUCAAGGACGCGCGUUCGUAUCUCGUGCUGCAAUGUUUUUGACAAAAUGGAGUACGUUGGUGAUCAUUGUGCUAGGACAUCACGACUGUGAUGGGUGGAGAAUGCAUUCAAGCCCUCCUUUCAACCAUCCACGCCGAAGCGACCUCGCUAUAAGCCGGCAUCCCCAUCCACCGGCCGUUCCACCUCGUCUCAAUGUGCCAGCGGCUAGCUGGCCUUCAUUGUUGACCCAGUGGUUCGGUCCCGGGCAUACCGAGGUUGCCAAGUCGCCGCAGCGGAUUUCUCGCCCAUUCAUGAAGCCCACCGUUGGUCACACCACAGAAGCUCACAUACCUGCGCGAAGUCCGAGCUUGCCCACUUCAAAUCAUACCAUACGCCUUCGAGGUGGAAGGUUGCCACACGAAGGCUUCCUUGAAAUGAAAAUCACUGGGAAGUGGCAGUCACUCUGUGGUGACGCUUGGAACCAACGAGUGACAGCAAUGGCGUGCGCCGAAAUGGGCUUCACCAGAGGCGGAGAAUACAUGCAAAGAAAAUAUCCCUGGCUGACGGCUCGACAAGGAUUCGACGUGGACUGUCCGAAGGAGGUGAACAAGAUGGCACACUGCGCCGUUCGUCGAAUUAUGUGCACCAGCACGCGUCGAAUCAGGAUUUCAUGCCACCGCGAUCCCGCAUCCGCUUGCAAUCCGGGAGAGCAUCCCUUCCAGGGCAUGUGUCACCUAGUGGUGGGGACACCGAGUCUGUCGCACGCGGAAGCCAAGUUGUUUUGCAAAUCGAGAGGCUCUCGGCUUCUCGGCAUCAAUUCCAAUGUCAAGAAGAACUUCGUAUCCGAAUUGCUGCUGGCCCUUCACAAAGGACUUGACCGCUGGCACACUGACGGCGUUCGCGUCAACGGCGUCUGGAUGUGGGAGGCGACAAAGCAAGUGUUGACAGCAGACCGGCCAUGGCAACUCCGCGGUGCAAUUCCCCCAGUGCCAGAGUGCCUCAUUCUGGAAAGAGUCUUCCAAAAAAGCUCCCGCGGAGCAUUGCUCAACGACGCCCGCCACAGGUGGAACACGGUCCACUGUUCAGAGAGGCUGCCAUUUAUAUGCGAGAGAGCGGCCUUUCCCAUAGGUUGUCGUAAACCUGACGGCGUAUACUUUGGCUCAGCGAACGUUACGGAAACUGGAAAGCCUUGUAUGCGCUGGGGAAAUCCUCGCAAUGCCCAUUUUGUGAGCAGACACUAUCCACAGUCGUACCAAGAAAUGAAACGGCACAACCACUGCCGUUCUCCAGACGGUGACGAUACGCCUUGGUGUUUCGUGAACGAAUCUGACUACGAACACUGCGAUAUUCCGGAAUGCUCGAAAGUUCAAAGCCCAAGUGUUGCCAUCGUGCUGAUGAAAUGUGCUGAGAACGAGUUUCAGUGUAGCCCUGACCAAUGCAUUCGAAAAGAGUGGAUCUGUGACGAGGACAUUGACUGCCAUAAUGGAAGAGACGAAGCGAACUGCGAUCGUCUCCUCGAAAUGUUCCAGCGGACGCCUAUGACUAGAAUGAGCAGUUACGAGUCCGCAAGGUAUUUUUCUGUGAGCGUCACAAAGUGCGCGGCCAAGUGCGUCAACACAGCGGCCUUCACCUGCCGUUCGUUCAGCUACAUGGCGUCCGGCAGCCUGUGUAUACUCAGCGACCGCAACGUGGCUCAGACGGGCUCGCUUGUGGCCGACCCUCGGUUUGAUUAUUACGAGAGCACUACCCACUCCGGCAACUGCACCGGCAUGUUCCGCUGUCGCAACGGCAAAUGUAUCGAACGACAACUACUCUGCGACAUCGCCAAUGACUGUGGCGACAGGUCGGACGAAACAAACUGCGUGACCCGGAUGGACUUUCAGGUGCGCCUCCGAGGUGGACCCCGAACCUUUCUACCGCAGGCCGAAGGCCGCGUUGAGGUUAAAGUCCACGACCAGUGGGGUCUCGUCUGCGACGACAACUGGGAUGCCGAGGCAGCCAACGUUGUGUGCAGGGAGCUCGGCUUCCCGUUGGGUGCCAUUGAAGCAACCAAGGAAUCGCAGCAUGGUCUUCCUCCCGAGGACAUCGUCGCUCAAAUAUUUAUGGAUGACGUUCUGUGCGUUGGGAACGAAACGUCGCUGGCGCACUGCUCCUUCCCUGGGUGGAAAAAGCACAACUGUUUCGCCAACGAGACGGCGGGAGUGCGAUGCAGAACCAAAGCUUGCGGGCAGUCAGAGCUGGAGUGUUCCGGAGCCUGCAUCCCUUACUACCUCGUGUGCAACGAGCAGAGAGACUGCGCCGACGGCGCGGACGAGGAGUUCGAGUGUGAAAGUAAGCUGGCAGUCCGGCUGAUGGGAGGACCCCACCCGCUCUCGGGGAGGCUGGAGCUGAGCAGACACGGCAUCUGGGGCACGGUCUGCGGCGACGGCUUCGGGCCAGCGGAGGCUCGCGUGGCCUGCGCCAUGAUGGGCGUAGCUAACGCCAGCGCUACCGUGCUUCCCAGCCUUGCCUACGGCCCUGGCAGAGGUCCCAUCUGGCUGGCCGACGUGCGUUGUUUCGGCACGGAGAGGUCUCUGGAAGAAUGUCGCAGCAACCUUUGGGGACACAGUGACUGCAACCACGACAAGGACGUGGCAAUCACGUGCAGCACGGACCACGUCGAGCCGACGGCGCCAAGCAUCGCUUCAUAUAGAGACAUCUGCGGAAUGCCAAAGUACCAGCCACGGAUGGACCAGGCAUCGGUGUUGUUCCAGUAUCAUGCGAACAAGAACAACAGGAUUAUGCCCCGGAACUUCAACUCAGCCAGGUCGCAGAGUAGACGCAUCAGCGGGCGCAUCGUUGACGGUAUACCAGCCCACUACGGCGCGCACCCGUGGUUGGUGGACGUGCGACUGCGGGACCUUUCAGGCGAAACACUGCACUGGUGCGGAGGCACCAUUCUGACCCCGGACUUCAUUCUGACUGCUGCCCAUUGUUUCAAGUUUUCCCCGAAUGUGUCUCAACUGGUCGUGCGCGUCGGACAGUACAAGUUGUACGCACCCGACCCUUACGAGCUCGAGUUCCAAGUUGAAGCCAUGCGCGUGCACAAAGAUUUCAAUCCAGACACUUUCUACAACGACAUCUGCCUGCUGAAAAUUCGCACCACGGAGGAACACAGGAUGCGAUUCAAUGAGUACGUCAAGCCCGUGUGCCUACCGACGAAGCAAGACAGCUACGUCGGCGGCAGCUACUGCAUCAUCGCCGGCUGGGGAAAGACGUUCACCACUCAACGAAGGCAACCUCGAAUUUGA